AUGCAUAUCCGCGAGAUGCUCGCCGAUGCCGAAAGGACCGGCGCACCGUCCUUCUCGUUCGAGUACUUCCCGCCCAAGACGACACAGGGUGUCCAGAACCUCUACGACCGCAUGGAACGCAUGAACAACUUUGGGCCAAAAUUCAUCGACAUCACAUGGGGUGCUGGCGGCCGGAUUGCCGAACUGACGUGCGAGAUGGUGGUACAGGCGCAGACAUAUCUGGGGCUCGAGACAUGCAUGCAUCUUACCUGCACCGACAUGGGCGAGGAGAAGGUCAACGAUGCCUUGCGAAAGGCUUACAAGGCUGGGUGCACCAACAUUCUGGCUCUGAGAGGUGAUCCACCUCGCGAGAAGGAGAAGUGGGAGGCUGCCGAAGGUGGUUUCCGCUACGCACGCGAUCUUGUCCAGCACAUCCGGAAAUCCUACCACGAGCACUUUGACAUUGGCGUUGCCGGCUAUCCCGAGGGUUGUGACGACAACAAGGACGAGGAUCUACUGUUGGAUCACUUGAAGGAGAAGGUCGACGCCGGUGCCACAUUUAUCGUGACUCAGAUGUUCUACGAUGCCGACAACUUUGUUCGCUGGGUCGGCAAGGUCAGAGCUCGGGGCAUCAACGUCCCAAUCAUUCCCGGCAUCAUGCCCAUUGCCACCUACGCCAGCUUCCUUCGCCGCGCCAAUCACAUGAACUGCAAGAUCCCCGACGAGUGGAUGCAGAGACUCGAGCCGGUCAAGAACGACGAUGUGGCGGUCAGAGAUAUCGGGAAGACGCUCGUUGCUGAGCUGUGUCGCAAGAUUCUUGCGGCCGGAAUUCACCACUUGCACUUUUACACCAUGAACUUGGCACAGGCCACCCGCAUGGUGUUGGAGGAGCUCGACUGGAUGCCAUCCCCGGAUCGCCCGGUCAAGCAGGCACUCCCCUGGAAGAGGUCUCUUGGCUUGGGUCGCCAGGUCGAGGAUGUCCGGCCCAUUUUCUGGCGCAAUCGCAACAAAUCUUACGUUGCUCGCACGCAAGACUGGGACGAGUUCCCCAACGGUCGCUGGGGUGACUCUAGGUCGCCGGCCUUCGGUGAACUGGACGCAUAUGGUAUUGGUCUGACGGGCACCAACGAGCAAAACCGCCAGAAGUGGGGCGAGCCAACUUGCAUCCGCGACAUCGCCAACCUCUUUGUCCGCUACCUGAAGAAGGAGAUUGAGUAUCUCCCAUGGAGUGAGGCACCAGUCGCCGAAGAGGCCGAUUUGAUCAAGGACUACCUUCUUGACCUCAACAAGCGGGGUCUGAUCACGGUAAAUUCUCAGCCGGCUGUCAACGGUGUCAAGUCUACCCAUCCAGUACACGGAUGGGGUCCAUCCAAGGGUUAUGUCUACCAGAAGGCCUACCUCGAAUUGCUCGUUUCCCCAGAAGUCUACCCAGAGAUCAAGAAGCGCAUUGAAAACCACCCCGAUUUGACGUACCACGCGGUGACCAAGUCUGGCAUGCUUGAGACCAAUGCUCCAUCCGACGCGCCCAACGCCGUAACGUGGGGUGUUUUCCCCGGAAAGGAAAUUGUUCAGCCUACUAUCGUUGAGCGAAUUAGUUUCCUCGCCUGGAAGGACGAAGCGUUCCAGUUGGGAUCUGACUGGGCUCGCUGCUAUGAGGCUGACACCCCAAGCCGUCUGUUGCUCGAGGACAUCAUGAAGUCGUGGUACUUGGUGAAUAUCGUCAACAACGAUUUCCACCAAGGAGAGACGCUUUAUGAGGUUCUGAACGAUCUCCAGGAGCCCAACUUGGACAAGGUCCCGCAACCACCAGCCACCAAUGGCGAAGCUGCCAACGGCGUUGAGGCCUCAACAUAA